CGCGCGAAGGCGUAGGUAGGCGUGGGAGGACGGGUAAGCCUGGUCCAUGCGGUGGGGCGCAGCGAAGCAGAAGCCCACUGGUGAAGGGCUACUGACGUCCAGUGACGGGAAAGGAGGGCAAGACACAGGAAGGCGAGGAACUGUUUUUCUUGACGUAUGCAUUUAAGGAGAAAAAGAUUUGGAAAGAAACAAUGGGUGCUGAUUUUUGAGGAUGCCAGUUAUGCCUCCAUGUACUCAGAGAUCCAGAGGGAGCGGGCGGACAUCGGAGGCCUGAUGGCCCCGCCAGAGUACAGAGAGUGGAACCCUGAGCUCAUCAAGCCCAAGAAGCUGCUGAACCCCGUCAAGGCCUCCCGGAGCCACCAGGAGCUGCACCGAGAGCUGCUCAUGAACCACAGAAGGGGCCUGGGCGUGGACAGCAAGCCGGAGCUACAGCGCGUCCUUGAGCACCGCCGGCGGAACCAGCUCAUCAAGAAGAAGAAGGAGGAGCUGGAGGCCAAGCGGCUGCAGUGUCCCUUUGAGCAGGAGCUGUUGAGACGGCAGCAAAGGCUGAACCAGCUGGAAAAGCCACCAGAAAAGGAGGAGGACCGUGCUCCCGAAUUUAUUAAAGUCAGGGAGAAUCUGCGCAGAAUCGCCACACUGACCAGUGAAGAGAGAGCGCUGUAGAGCUGGAGCUCCAGCGCCCUCUGCAGCCCGCCUUCGGCCCCCACACCCUCUUCCAGCCCUUCUGUAUCUGGCUGCCCUGGGCCCCCGCCUUGGCACAUCUGUGAUGUUCACGCUGGCUCCUGUAAAAUGCAUUUCCCCAAGAGGGCCAGCUCCACCCCUCACCCCUUCCCCCCAAAGCUGGGGGCUUCUCAGCUCCCAGGCUUUUCCCUCUGAGCACGCAUCUCUCCUGCUCCAAAAAGCCCCGGCGAGGAAAACUUUUACAAGGCCCCUCUCCCGAAGGGGCUUCUGAGCCCUGCGGAGAUUUUUCUGGCAUUGUUGAGAGAAUGAGGCACGGCCCAUCUCUGGCUGAGCAAGCCCACCAUUCUGCCCAGGCCCCAUCGGGCCCUCCUUCUCUGGGCAGCCCCGCUCCCAGGGCUCAGAGAACUUCCCUGCAGCCAGAGGUGUGGCAGCUAAGCAGAGCAUCUCACGCCUGCCUGGAAAGCCACCGAGGGGAGAAGGGGUCAAGUGUAUCUGUCCUGGGUGAGGAAGGCUCCUGUAACGCCAGGUCAAAGCAUACUUACUAACCAACCAGCCUUUCCCCCCAACCCACGCCUUUAUUUUCUCCUCUACCGCCCUCCUUGUCCAGGCCUUGCAACCACACCAAGCCAGGGCUGUAGCCUUCCUGCUCCUAGAAGCCUAGAGCAGUGCUUCUCAAAAUCUAUUGUGCCUCUGAAUUACUGGGGAUCUUGCUAAAAGACGGCUUCUGAUUCAGCAGGUCUGGGGAGAGGGCUGAGAUUCCGUAUUUCUGACAAGCUCCUCGGCUGCUGGUCCGAGGACCACACCUUAUGCAGCAAGGCUCGAGCAUCCAGGGGUGGUAAAUAUUGGAAACAUCAUGCCUAAAGCCAUCUCUGCCCCUCAAUUCCCAUGGACCUCUACCCUGGAGGCUCCCACCUACCUCCACAGCCCCAAAGCGCUCUUUAUUUUCCACGCCACCCCAGGAACCCCGGGCCUAGGAUGACUCUGGCCUAGCAAAUUCUGUUAUGUGACCAGGGAUGUAUAUAAUUGCCAAUCUGCAUUCCUUACCACACUGUUAUGAUGCAAUUCUAGCAAAACCGCCCCCCCCCCAAAACAACCUUUUUUUCUAAACCUUUUCCCAAAGCCUCUGAAGAGCAAAUACACAGUGAUUACUGUAGGUUUUUGAAAUUUAAAAGGAGUUUGAAGCCUCCCACCCUUACAUACUGGCCCCACUGAAUCCCCAUUUCCAGCCUCUGCACCUGAGACCCACCCUCUUCUUGGUUUCUGUCACCUGGGCCAGCUCCACUGAAUCCACUCCUUCCUCAAAAAUUCCUUCCCCCAUGAGACCAGAUGUUUUAACUGUUUGCUCCUAUCCCAUUUUUAAAGAUUUAGAGACUAAACCAAGCCUGUUUCUUUUUCCCCUGAAGAAUAAAAUACCUGCCUCUGAUUUCAUAAACUCAUCAUUCAAGGUGACAGGGCCAUACUAGAAAAGCACUUCCUUUCACCCCACUCCCUCCACCACCCUCCAUCCCGCCAAGACUGCCAGAAAGAGCUGCCGCUGAAAUGCUGUGUGAUACCUGGAACAAAGGUGGGAGGAAAGGCAUCAUCCUGGUCUUACCCCGAACGGGGCGAUUGGAGGGUGACCAAAGCCAUCCUCUUCCUGUGUGUGAUGUAAGCCAUGGGCUGUGAAUAUGGACAGGCUGUGUGUGUGUGUGUGUGUGUGUUGAAGUUGAGCUUCUAAAAGGCUCUUGAAUGUGACGGUCUUAGUGAGAAGGUGGUAAUGCUGUUUUAAAUGUCUGCCAGGCGAGAAUAAUGCUACAAAUGAACAGUCCCUAAAUAAAGACCCCUGCUUCCCCAAAGUAGUCCUCAGGGUCUCUGUUCAGACAUGUGAGAAGCGAGACAGAGCACCUAGGAUGGUGAAGUCCCUCCAAGGGAAUGCUCGGGAUUUCACUCAGUGGGCCCCAGAGGUGCUCCAGAGAGGUGGCAAGUCACUGGAGACAAAGCCCCCAAAGGAGACGGGAGUUCGAGUACCACACUGUCCCGUGGAGCCACAGCAGACACGCUUGUUCACUCCCCAGUGAUCAGCCCCAACUCAUCUCUCCAGCCCCCUCCCACUAUAGCAGCUGUAACCCAGAUUCUCACUGUUCCAGCCUCCUUUACAGUUUGGGGUGACCAUGUGACCAGGUAUGGCCAGUGAAAUUUAAGAGGAAGUCUAACAGGGGCUUUUUAGGAAAGCUUACUUUUUUCUGAUAAAAGAGACAGAUUGGGUAACACCUCCUUGCCCUUCCCUUCUUCCUGCCUUGAUUGAGGACGUGAUGCCUGGAACCACAGCAGCCAUCUUGCUACAAUGAGAAAAAAGGCCAAGAGAAUCUCACAGACAUUGUACCUACUGUCACUUGAUCAAGCCAAUGCCAGCAGCCAUCCUCCUCUAUAGAAUUCUUGUAAAUAAAAAUAAAAUCCUCCUUGUUUAAGCCA